GAGUGAAUGUAUACUUGAGUUUGAAGAAUGUUUACAGUGAUGAAAGUCGAGGGUGUGUAGCGAUAGGUGACGGCCGCCAUCAAGCUCCAGCACUGCUGUGUGUGUGACCUGCAAUAAUGGACAAGCUGGAGCAGGACCCCAUGCUGCAGGAUGACGACCCUGCAAUGCGUGAAGUGGGAGCAAUGUCUUCAGAUGACAUAAUUUCUAGGACACGCCUUUUGGAAAAUGAGAUUCGUAUCAUGCGUCUGGAACAAACAAGAAUCACACACGAGAUCCAGAACCAGCGAGACAAAAUCAGAGAGAACUCUGAGAAGAUCAAAGUCAACAAGACAUUGCCAUACCUGGUAUCUAAUGUCAUAGAGAUUUUGGAUGUUGAUCCCAAUGAGUAUGGUGAGGAGGACGGUGCUAAUGUGGACUUGGAUUCUCAGCGCAAAGGCAAAUGUGCUGUUAUUAAGACCUCCACGCGCCAAACAUAUUUCCUUCCUGUUAUUGGUCUUGUAGAUGCUGAAACACUGAAGCCUGGAGACUUGGUAGGUGUGAACAAAGAUUCUUAUCUCAUCCUUGAAACUUUGCCUGCUGAGUAUGAUUCUCGGGUUAAGGCCAUGGAAGUGGAUGAGCGUCCAACUGAACAGUACAGCGACAUUGGUGGACUGGAUAAACAAAUUCAAGAGCUAAUUGAAGCUGUUGUCCUACCUGUCACCCAUAAGGAACGCUUUGAAAAUCUAGGUAUCCAACCUCCUAAAGGAGUUCUGCUGUAUGGACCUCCCGGUACUGGAAAAACUCUUCUGGCACGAGCGUGUGCAGCACAGACCAAGUCUACUUUCCUAAAGUUGGCUGGACCUCAAUUAGUUCAGAUGUUUAUUGGUGAUGGUGCAAAGUUGGUCCGCGAUGCCUUUGCUCUCGCUAAGGAAAAGGCUCCAGCAAUUAUCUUCAUUGACGAACUUGAUGCAAUUGGCACAAAACGAUUUGACAGUGAGAAAGCUGGAGAUCGUGAGGUGCAGCGUACUAUGUUGGAGCUCCUUAACCAGUUAGAUGGCUUUUCUUCCACCACAGAUAUUAAGGUUAUUGCUGCCACCAACCGUGUGGAUAUUCUUGACCCAGCUCUGCUGCGUUCUGGACGUCUGGAUAGAAAAAUAGAAUUUCCACAUCCUAACGAAGAAGCUCGUGCCCGUAUUAUGCAAAUCCAUUCUCGUAAGAUGAACAUUUCAUCAUGUGUCAACUUUGAAGAAUUGGCAAGGUCUACUGAUGACUUCAAUGGUGCACAGUGUAAAGCUGUUUGUGUAGAAGCGGGUAUGAUAGCAUUACGUCGUCAAGCUACUACAGUGACUCAUGAAGAUUUUAUGGAUGCCAUAAUGGAGGUCCAAGCCAAGAAGAAGGCUAAUCUCAAUUACUAUGCAUAGAAAUCAUUGUCAUUUUUCAUUAUUAUACUGUAUUUUGUUAAAAGAAGCAUCAACCGUGAUUGAUUUUUCCUAUAAUUUUCUAUACAUUAUAUAUUUAUUCUGUUUAAGCAGGAUGACUUCACAUGUAUUUAAAACAAUAAACUUGAAAGUCACCAAUUA